CGAGUUGGGCUAAGCUCUAACUGUAAUUUAUAAACAUCCACAACUUCCUACCUUACAAGACUUAAAGACCGUUUCCUUCACCCCCAAUUAAUACGUUCCUGAGAUGUCAUCUCCCUGCUUAUUGUGCCUCACGUUAUAGGCAAUAGGCUAUGAGGUGAUGAGCGAUAAUAGCAAGCACGCCCCUUAUCAGGAGGAACGGAGGUAGCCCUGAAUCAACUCGGCAUUGGGAACUGGAGGAGAACCCAUGGGGAGCACAUCAGAUAACAUCUUCACCUAUGCACACGCGCGACAUGAUAUCUCUACUACCAUACACCACUGGCAGUUGCGCGACUUGGUAUCCGCGGGUGACAACUCUGAUGAGCUGUUGUACGUGUGCGAUUCCAGCAUCCUUCAGUACAAUGCUUCUACAAGAGAGGCCACGUCGGUGCUAUCCCUGGACUGGUGCCCCAACAGCAUGACGUAUGCGCACGGCAUAGUAGCAGCGGGAGGCCCAGCCAGCCAGUUGUGUGUCAAAGACCUGCGGGAGAAGCGGGUGCUGCACCGGGAGCCGCUGGGAGGCUCGGUCAACAACGCACUUCACAUAGCGCGGCUUGCCGGGCAGCUGGUGCUGUACGCAUGCAACAACGACUACAUCGUCAAGGUUCUCAACAUCGAGUCACACCACCUGCGACCCAACACCUCAUUCAGGACUCCCGUGCCCAUCAACUACUGCGCGCUGUCCCCGGACGGCCGCUUCCUCUCCUGCGUGGGCGACUGCCCCGAAACCAUGGUGUACGCGGUGCGGGAGGGCGGCUACACGCGCGUGCACAUGUUCAGAGAGGCGCUGGACACGGGCAUCAGCACCGCCUGGUCCCCCUCCGGCACCUUCCUGGCCUCCGCGCACCAGGACGGCUCGCUGGCGGUGUGGGACAUGCGCUCACCCGAGGUGGUCUGCAAGUACCGACUCAGCACUGCAUGCAGGAAUGUCAAGUUCUCCGCGGGCGUGGUGGACCUGAUGGCCUUCGCGGAGCACGAGGACCUGGUGCAUGUGGUGGAUGUACGGCAGUGGAACAGCUUCCAAGACCUCAAUGCGGGCUGCGGACAGGGCCAUGACAUCUCCGGCAUCAGCUUCCCCCCCUCCGGCGACCGCCUGUGGGUGGGGCUGGACGACUGCGUCAUGUCAUACGAACUAGAUACGGUGGCACGGAGGACGUUCGGGUAUGGGUCGCUGUGCUGAGGGAGGGGCCGAGGGAGGGGCCGAGGGGAGGCGGCAAACAUGACGUGAUGACGCUUUGAGGGCUGGGCUGGUUGCCUGUACCGGUACGGAUGGCUGGUGCCUGUACCGGAGGGCCACUCAUCAUUCGAUUGCGUCCCAUGUCGCAAGCUGUAGCCUGCUGCCCUGCUGUAAAACCCUGCUUGGAUCUUCCUUCAAGAGAGGGUUACGCUGCGUAUUGCGGGUUUUGGCAUUGGCGUGGGGAAAACAGUUGAAGAGGCCUGCACCCCUCUGGCAUGUGGUCGGUUGUGGCUGGGCUGGGCUGGGCUCAGCGAAAUGGGGCGUACUGGCUGGGGUAUUGUACUCGGCUAUGAGCCACGAUGAACGGCUAUGCGAUGCGCACUGAAGGAGCUUGGAAUGGUACUGUUGCGUUGGCGGCUUCGGCCGCACACUCCUCCCGCGUGGAGCACUUUGUUGCAAGGCGGGGCAGGGGCUAGGACGAUUGAAGGUUCUGUAUUGCAUGGGUGUGUGCGUGUGUGCAUGCAUGUGCCUUUGAAGAGGACGAUGGUGGUGUUGCGACCCGGGCGGUCCAUGGGUUAACAUGAUGAUGUGUGCUGCUUGCCUUGCCACGGAGGCAGCAUAUCGCUGGCGCUGCGCGGAUAGGAACACUGCAAGGCAGCGCAGUUAAGGAAGGAGUGGCCCCGCAUGGUAAGAUGUUGAGCCGCAAUGCUGCGGGCGAUGCCCCGUUGCAUGUGGUGUUUGUGGGGGUGGUUGGAGCGCUCUGUUUCCAAUACGGUAUGGUGGGAAACGAUUUACCAAGGUGCUGACGCUACCAUGAACAAUACACUUCUCAUCGCGUUGACAAGCCAACCCUGGGAAUUCAAGUCAAUAGCCGUAGUUUCAUUGCGGCAGGUGGACUGCCAUGCAAUGUCGUUUGUGGACUUCUCCCUUUACGUGGGUUGCCGACAACGUAUUUCUGAACUCACUAAAUGUGCAUCAUCUCUGUUGCUGCGCAGCUGCACACACGCCACGCAGCGAGGAUCCCUCUUCGCGUUGUAACGCUCUGCUGCUGCGCUACGUUGUAUGUGCGUAUGCACGUGUCUGCUACGUUCUAAGCUCACGUGCAGUGCCUGCCCCCUAACUUUGUUAUGAUUUAUGCUCUGAUUGGUUACCAGUGUGUCCCGGCCGGCUACAUGCGUUGUGAGGUCAUUUCCCCGUUUCGCCGCUCUACCGGUAAUGUCUUUGUGACUUGGACAUUUGCAAUUUGGUUGGAAUGUCUUUACCGACCUUCAAGGAAUGUCACGUAAGCGUAUUGAAGCCCUGUCUUUGAGCCAAGAAUACUGAAUUGUAAAG